CCCCCAGCCCCACGGCGAUGUCCAAGGGGGGCUCGAAGAAGAAAAGCCACUGGACUAACCGGGUCCACGAAUGCGCCGUGGUGAGGAACGCCGAGGGUCAGCUGGGCUUCGAGCUCAAAGGGGGAGCCGAGAACGGGCAGUUCCCCUACCUGGGGGAGGUAAAAGCCGGCAAGGUGGUGUACGAGAGCGGCGGGAAGUUGGUGCCCGAGGAGCUGCUGCUGGAGGUGAACGAGACCCCCGUAGCUGGGCUCACCAUCCGGGAUGUCUUGGCCGUCAUUAAGCAUUGCAAAGACCCCAUCCGGCUGAAGUGUGUCAAGCAAGGUGGAAAACGCAGGAUAACAGCCCUCUUCCAGCCCUCGGAAGUCCUGAGCAGUGGGUGUGUCAUAAAUCACAUUCUCCAAUGGAGCACUUUCGCGGGCUGUAGAAAACACACCUCUCCUGCUGGCUCUGGUAAUCUGGGAUAUAAUCUGGAAAAAGGAGGCGUUGUGGAUAAGGAUCUCCGUCACUACCUCAAUCUGCGGUUCCAGAAGGGUUCGGUGGAUCACGAGCUUCAGCAGAUCAUAAGAGACAACCUCUACCUCCGAACCGUGCCAUGCACUACAAGGCCUCAUAAGGAGGGGGAAGUCCCUGGUGUGGAUUAUAUUUUCAUCACGGUUGAAGAUUUUAUGGAACUAGAGAAAAGUGGUGCUCUUCUAGAAAGUGGAACCUAUGAAGAUAAUUACUACGGUACUCCCAAGCCUCCUGCUGAGCCAGUCCCACUGCUAUUAAAUGUCACAGAUCAGAUCCUCCCAGGAGCAACACCCAGUUCGGAAGGCAAACGGAAAAGAAACAAGUCAGUGAGCAACAUGGAAAAGACAGGAAUUGAACCUCCAGAAGAGGAAGAGGAAGAAAAAGCUGUGGUGAAUGGCAAUAGCAUUGCAAUCACACCAGAGUCAAGUGAACAUGAGGAGAAAAGCACAGGUGCCUCAGGAGAAACUUCCUCUCAGCCUUAUCCUGCUCCUGUUUAUAGCCAGCCAGAAGAAGUGAAAGAGGAAAUGGAUGUAACUAAGCAUCCAAAACUUGAAGAAAACGAUGAACUGGGCCCCUUGCCGGAUAAUUGGGAAAUGGCUUACACAGAGAAAGGGGAAGUCUACUUCAUUGAGUAA